GAGGAACUUGUAGGAUUGGACGCGCCGACGCGGUCCCAAUUUCGACCGAGUGAAAUGGCCACAAAUCAUCAUCCAAAUCCAACGGUGUUUGUGGAAUUUCAAGCAGUAUUUAAUUAAGCAAGCUGGAUGCAGCCAUGUCCAGCCCAUAGUAACCACUUUCUCGGCACCAGAAUGAAAGAGAAAGCGCAAGAAAAUUUCGCAAGCAAUGCUGCUAAGAGAGGAGAGUAAACGGUUAAUUUUCUCCGCAAGCAAAAGGGGAAGUGAAAAGAAAAUCUCACAGGUAAUCCAAGUGAGGCAGAAAACGAAGGGUUUGACAGUCUGUCUUUGUCGGUUGGCUGAUUCGUCCGCGUCACCCACCGAGUUGUUUUUUGGGUUGGACUCCGAGAAGCCAACUACAAAAAUAGGCUAAAACCGAAACGAGUAUUGUGGAGCACACUUUACUUCAGUCGCUUCCACUUCUAAUCCAGCCGACAAAAAGAGGGUAAGGAUCGAAACCCAUUUAUCAUAAUUUGAAAAAACUUUGUAUUUCGAUCAUCAUCCCAGUUUACAGAAGGGGUAUAGAUCAGUACUUAUUUCUCAAAUUGGCGUUUGGAUCUGUAUUUUGUCGGUGUUGUUACUGGGUGAAAAUUCAUCAGUUUAGUAGUACCCAGUUCAGAAAAGAGGGCUAGAUCAAGACCCAUUUCUCAGAAUCUCACAGAUCUUGUGUUUCAAUCUGGGAUUUUGUAGGUUUUUAGUAAGUUAAUCUGUUUAUCGGAAGAAUUACAAGAUGAGUAUGUACGGGAGAGACCCGUGGGGAGGGCCACUGGAAAUUAACACGGCGGACUCCGCGACGGACGAUGAUCGGAGCCGGAAUCUGCAGGACUUCGACAGGGCGGCGUUGUCUCGGCCGCUCGACGAGACCCAGCAGAGCUGGCUGCUGGGUCCGGGCGAGCAGAAGAAGAAGAAGUAUGUGGAUCUGGGUUGCAUCAUCGUCAGCCGCAAACUGUUUGUUUGGACGGUGGGGUCGAUCCUCGCCGCCGGCCUCGUAGCUGGGCUCAUCGCCAUCAUCGUCAAGACCGUGCCCCGCCACCACCACCGACAUCCGCCGCCGGACAAUUACACCGUUGCGCUCCACAAAGCCCUCAUGUUCUUCAAUGCCCAGAAAUCUGGAAAACUUCCCAAACACAAUAAUGUUUCUUGGAGGGGAAACUCUUGUUUAAAUGAUGGCAAGUCGGACUCCUCGUCUGUAAUUAAAGACCUGGUUGGCGGAUAUUAUGAUGCAGGGGAUGCUAUCAAGUUUAACUUCCCUGCAUCUUUUGCCAUGACCAUGCUGAGUUGGAGCGUAAUUGAAUACAGUGCAAAAUAUGAAGCUGCUGGAGAGCUCAACCAUAUUAAAGACAUCAUCAAGUGGGGGACUGAUUAUUUUCUCAAGACCUUUAAUUCCUCUGCUGACACUAUAGAUCGGAUAGCAGCACAGGUUGGAGUUGGAGACACUUCAGGAGGGACGAAUCCCAAUGACCAUUACUGUUGGAUGCGUCCUGAAGACAUUGAUUACAAGCGGCCUGUAUAUGAAUGCCACGGUUGCUCAGAUCUUGCUGCAGAGAUGGCCGCUGCUUUAGCCGCUGCAUCUAUUGUCUUCAAAGACAACAAAGCCUACUCACAGAAACUUGUUCAUGGUGCUAGAACCCUCUUUAAGUUCUCUAGGGCACAGCGUGGCAGAUACAGUGCAAGUUCUACCGAUGCUGCAAAGUUCUAUAAUUCUUCCAGUUACUGGGAUGAGUAUAUAUGGGGUGCAGCUUGGCUAUAUUAUGCUACAGGCAACUCAUCCUAUCUUCAACUUGCUACCACUCCUGGUCUUGCUAAACAUGCUGGUGCCUUCUGGGGAGGCCCAUAUUAUGGCGUCCUUAGUUGGGAUAACAAACUUACUGGAGCUCAAGUGCUCCUAAGCCGUUUGAGAUUGUUCUUGAGCCCUGGGUAUCCAUAUGAAGAAAUUCUACAUACAUUCCAUAACCAGACUAGCAUUAUCAUGUGCUCGUACCUGCCAAGCUUUAGAAGCUUUAAUAGAACAAAAGGAGGCAUGAUCCAAUUAAACCAUGGCAAUCCCCAGCCGCUUCAAUAUGUUGUCAAUGCAGCCUUUCUGGCUACACUGUACAGUGAUUAUCUUGAGGCUGCCGAUACCCCUGGAUGGUACUGUGGUCCCAAUUUCUACUCAAGAGAUGAAUUGCGAAAUUUUGCAGAAACACAGAUUGAUUACAUCCUGGGCAAAAAUCCAAGAAAGAUGAGCUAUGUUGUUGGUUUUGGUAAUCACUAUCCUAAACAUGUUCACCAUAGAGGUGCAUCGAUCCCCAAGAACAAAAUCAAGUAUAACUGUAAAGGAGGAUGGAAAUGGAGGGACAGUAAAAAGCCGAAUCCGAACACUCUUGUAGGCGCCAUGGUUUCAGGGCCAGACAAGCAUGACGGCUUCCAUGAUGUGCGUACUAACUACAACUACACCGAGCCAACACUCGCAGGCAAUGCUGGCCUAGUCGCUGCCCUGGUGGCUCUUUCGGGCGGCGGCAGGUCUGGGGGUAUUGACAAGAACACCAUGUUCUCUGCAGUUCCGCCAAUGUUUCCAACUCCACCGCCACCUCCAGCACCUUGGAAGCCAUGAGACGCAUGUUGUCGCAAUCUUCAUAAUCUCAUCCCAACAUGCAAAUCAGGUGAUUUUGUUGUCAGAACUUCUGGGUUAUCGAGAUUCAGGUUAAGGUUAACAGGAGGAGAAGGAACCAACCCGAUGCGCACAAGCAACAAAGACGCCUCAGCCUGGCCAUGGUAAUUGGGGCCCGUUCUUAUUUUCCAUUUGUAGUUUGUGUUAUAAAUAGCAUGUAUGUAUUCAACCCAAACAUGAAUUCGAUCGCACACUAGAAAUGAAGAGAAUCUCAGAACUUUUUACAAUGCUA